AUGUCUAUUUCACCAAACCUCACUUCGAGACAGUGCCCAGAUUGUUAUGCCUUUCGUGCAGGUCAGAGCCCACUCGACAAGGAAUUUUGCAACCUUAGGACCGUCAUAGUUACGACCGCCGUUCACCGAGGCUUCGAUCGCCGACUCCGUUGUCGUCAGGUCACCAACUUCCUUGACCUUCCGGCACUGAGCAGGCAGCCCCCAUACAUGAGUGCACGUUGUUGGUUGCCAGUGCUGGUCAAGUCUCUGCGUGCUGGAGUGCCUGAUGCUUUCUGGAAGACCAAGGUCUCUAGUCUGCUCGUGGAAGAUAACAUAGGGUGA